GCCUAGUCUGUUGAGACACCUGGAUUAAGAUAAGCUGAUCACGAUUAACUUUGAUGUCCACAGUCGAGACAUCCAGGAUGUUCAGUUCUUGCUUGUGAGACCAGCUGCCCAAUGUCCAGUGCUGUUGCUGGAAUAACACUAGACUUAGGUUUUGGAGCCAGAUUCACCUCCAUAGCAUAAAGCAGUGCCAUAUUCAGAAUCAUGCUGAGUGGACAGGACAGAAGCGCUCCUGUCACAGAUGGCAGAGGGACCUCAGGUGAUGCCAGGACCAGACCAGCAACAAUCAACAAUCUGAAGCCCAAAUCCAGCCUUGUUGUGUUGAGCAAACCUGGAGAUGGAAUACGCAACCAGAUGUACAUUUCCACAGUGGGUCAACACACCCUCAUGAUGAAACAGUCAGCUGUCAUCGUUUACUCAUUCGUAAAGAGAUACUCCCACAGAGCAAUAAUCAACCGUAUUCAACGGGUGGAAAUCCCCUUCCUUUGCCAGACAUCAUGCCAAGCCAGGCUUCCAAACCGUGUGUGUCCAUGCGCCGCCACAAGAGCACCACAGAUUUGCCAUACAGCCCACAGCGUGGGUACGUCCGCGCCCAGAGAACCUCUAUCUGCGCCCCCACCGAGGCUGAGCUGGAGAUGAUGAGGCGUUGCUCCUUGCGUGAGGCGAACGUUCGUCCAUGCUGCCGCCAUGCUCUUAGCGUUCCCAACAUGGCAAGCCAAUGCACUAGCCCUCUGUGCAGCACCCCAUCCCGCAGUGCCCUCGGCACUCCUGUACGGGAUGUGGAGUGCAGUUCUAAAGCACGCAACAAGCUAAUCGAGAACGAGAGCGCGCAGACUCCUACUUACCCCCCGGAGCUUCGCGAGCAGUGCCGCUACGUCUCCAAAGAUGGGAAGUGUCGUGUAGACUUGGCAUACAUGGCUGAGAGAGAACGAUUCCUGGCUGACAUCUUCACUUCAUUUGUGGACCUUCAGUAUCGAUGGUUUCUCUUUGUGUUCAUGAUGUGCUAUGCAGUCACCUGGUUUAUAUUUGCAGGGCUUUAUUCGCUAAAUGCAUUCCUGCGUGGAGAUCUUGAAGUUCCUGCUGACACUGAUGUGUGCUACCCCAACGUAGAUGGAUUUGUGUCAGCGCUGCUCUUCUCUGUGGAAACACAGAGGACUAUUGGUUAUGGCGCGCGCACGGUCUCGCCACGCUGCUACGAAGGUGUGUUUUUGGUCAUGGCGCAGUGCAUUGUGGGAUCCAUGAUCGAUGCCCUCAUGGUGGGCUGCAUGUUCGUCAAAAUUUCACGCCCCAAGAAACGAGCCGAAACGCUUCUUUUCAGUCGGACUUGUGUUGUGGCCAACCGUGAUGACCGUCUCUGCCUUAUGUUCCGACUCGGCGACCUGCGUGAGAGCCACAUGGUGGAUGCCAAAGUGCGAGCUAAACUCAUCAAGUCUCGGCAGACGUCGGAGGGAGAAUUCCUACCGCUGGAGCAGUCUGAGAUCGACCUGGGCUACGAGAGCGGCUCUGACCGCCUGUUCCUGGUGGAGCCACAGGUCAUUCAACACACUAUCGAUUCCAGCAGUCCUUUCUGGGAACUUGGGCCGGAGCAGCUACGGAAGCAACAGUUUGAGAUUAUUGUCAUCUUGGAGGGCAUUGUGGAAGCCACAGGAAUGAUGUGCCAAGCAAAGACGUCCUACAUCGAGACUGAGAUCGAAUGGGGAGCCCGCUUUGAGCCGUGCAUGACAUUGGAGAAGGGGGCGUUCCGAGUCGACCUGAGACGGUUCCACAGUACAUAUCCGGUGCCUCUUCCGCCGUGCAGCGCGCAAGAUGCGCACCACCUACAGACUUUGCAAGUGGGACUAGAACUCCAGGAAUCUCUCAAAGAGAGUGUUAACUGGAAAUUGGGUGGGGACGAUCAAGAAGACGACACCGUGAAACCAACAGGAGCAUGUAUUUUCCCUAUCCACAACAUCCAGGAGGAGCGAGUGUCAGAAGUCAACGAAUGCGAUUCUUUGUAGUUGUUAUGAGUGCGAUAGUAACGCUCCACUUUAGGUGCGUUCACGCCAUGUCGAAAUUACCGUAAUUACCAAAUUCUGAACAGUAUAAAGUGUUGACGUCCUCUUGGAACUCGCAAUUACAAUUUGUAUUCUCCGAAUUUUCCGAGAGAGCUCCAAAACGUUACCAUUAAGUUAUGAAAACGUUAUUUCGGAAUGUACUCACAACGUUUUUCUUGGUUAUGAAAACCUGAGCCUAUUAUAAUUCCCAAGUAUUAUGGAAAUGUUACUUUUGAAUGUUUUCUGAACCAUCUGAAAAAGUUGUAGGCUUAAGUAACGUUUAAAAUCAUUAGACAAACGUCUAACUAAAAUGUUUCAGAAAAAGGUUCCAUUAAUGAAUCAUGAUGUACAUAUUUUGUGCUAAUGAUUUGAUGUUUUAAAAGACCAGAUAACUUUGAAAGAAAAUUUGUUCAUAAUUUUGAGAGAACUUUGACAGAAUAUUAGCCAAAGUUCUAAGAAUUCUAAUGGAUUCUUCUGAAGCUAAAAAAAUCACUAAUGAUGAAGGAGUCUGUGCCAUUAUACACGAUUUUCGUGAAACUCUAGAACUAGGACUAGAAACUCUGCCCACAAUCUGCAGACUGUAAUAAUUGGUAACAAUCCUUCUCAUGACUACAGUGACCUAAAUUAAGUUUCUAAAUUAUACAUUUAUAAAAAAGAAUAAAUAUGAUAAUAGUGUGGAGGAGACCAAUAGUUUCCACAAAGAAGUAUGCAAUAUUUUUCUAGAAAUUCUUGUCUAUGCUGUUUUAAACAAAAUAAAUAAAUGUAUUUUACACACACACACACACAAAA